CCUCCUCCUUAAACCCUAAUAAUUCUUAAACACCUCAUUUUCCUCCUUGCUUGUAACACCGUUUUUGAUACUUUUCAGACGCCGAAACCAGGCAAGGUACACACUCUCUAACUCUCAAUCUCACUCAACUAAUGGCCUCCGAAGCCGUCGCACCAUCUUCAGGUGUAAGCCCCAAAACAGUAGAGAAAGCAGUAAAUUCUCUACUGAAAUGGCGAGCUACAAAAUCACAAACUGAAAAGCCACAGCUUCUUGAACAUGAUGAAUUUCUUUAUUUAAUCUUAACCCUAAAGAAAAUCCCACAAAAGGGUACUUUUAAUCGCACGAAUCCCUUCAAAAUUCCCCUUCCAAACCCGUUAAUCCACCCUCAAAACGACAACUCUGAGCUCUGUUUAAUCAUUGAUGAUAGACCCAAGUCGGGUCUCACUAAGGAUGCAGCCAAGAAAAAGAUUGAGAAUGAUAACAUACCCAUAUCGAAAAUUAUCAAGCUUUCUAAGUUGAAGAGUGAUUAUCGUCCUUUCGAGGCAAAAAGGAAGCUUUGUGAUUCUUAUGAUAUGUUUCUUGCUGAUAAAAGGGUUCUUCCCUUGUUGCCUAAGAUGUUAGGGAAGCAGUUUUUUAAGAAGAAAAAGAUACCCGUUGGUGUUGAUUUGAAGCAUAAGAGUUGGAAAGAGCAGAUUGAGAAUGCUUGUGGGUCGGGUUUGUUGUUUUUAAGAAGUGGGACUUGUAGUGUGGUGAAAGUCGGGAGGGUUUCGACGGGUAGAGAGGUGUUAGUGAGCAAUGUUGUGGCUGCUAUUGAUGGGAUUGCUGAGAUUGUGCCGAAAAAAUGGGGUGGUGUUAGGUCCUUUCAUUUGAAAUUGCUUGAUAGUUUGGCUUUACCGGUUUAUCAGGCGCUGCCCGAUUUCAAAUUGAAGAUUGAAGGGGGAGCGAAGAAGGAGGAAAACGAGGGGAAAGUGGAGGAAAAGAAUGUUAAGGAGGAGAAGAAAGUGGGGAAAAAGAAAGGUAGGAUACAUGAGAUAAGGUAUAUGGAUACUGAUAUUAUUGCGGAUGAUGGGGUUGUCGAUGAUGAUUUAUUGGUGGCUGAUGGUGAGGGAGAUGUCGGUAAUGUUGAUGGUGAUGAAGUUAUGAUGGGUGGUGAUAGAUUGGAUGGUAAGAAGAGAAAGAAAGGAGAUAAAGAGAAAGCGGAGAAGAAGUUGAAGAAAACUAAACUGAAAAAAGACGGCGAUCACAAGCUAAAGAAAAAAGUAGAGAAAAUGAAGGUUGAGGAUGGUGUUAAGCAAAAGAAGGUCAAGAGAGCUGCCUGAAGCAGUUUACAGGAGACUAUACUCGUAGGAUUGUUACUGCAUGUUGGGCAGAUUUUUGUUUGAGGUAGUUCUUUUAUGCGUCCAAUUAGACCUUGAUGAUUAUACCAAUCAUCCUCCCUCAUAAUUGAUGUGCAUAUAUGUUUCUUAUGAAGUAAGGCUAAUGGCUGGGGUAGAUAGUUUGUUAAGGGAGGGUGAUCAUAGCAAAGCUGAGGCUAAUGCCUGCUACAACUAGCUUUGUAUCUGGAGCAUGUACGUCAGUGAGAUUGGCCACUUCAGGUUUGAUUAAGAGUUGUUCAGUAGAUCAUGAGGAAUAAAGACUGGAUACCUGAUUCUAAGAUGAAAGUCGGACGGGAUAUUUGAUGCACUAUCUGCUUUACAAAAUACUAAUGAAAAUUUGCAAUGAAGUAUGAUGCUGAAUAUUACUAAUCAUCUUUUAAAAAAGUUUGCAUACCUUAUUGGCAGGUCAUGUUAAGAAUAUAUUUAUUAUCUGCUUGUACUACCCAA